UGUGCAUGAAAAAUGAUCCGAUACAUAGGUGGUGUGUGUCAAACACUACGGAACAGUGGCCUGGAGCGUCGUCUUUGCUGAGAUGACUGUCAUCGAUGCCAAGGACACUCAAGUAAAAGCUCAAGAGCGGCGGGGAUGGCCAAGUUGUCGUCCCGUCCCGACCACCCCUUGCAGGGUACGACGAGGUGAAGUCUCGGUCACUGUCCAUGAAGGCAUACGCGCAGGAAAGUCUUGGUGUGCGCUCCGCACCUCGCAACCUUCAAUUUCUCAUUGCCAAUGGUCAACUUGUUCUUCAGCUCCUGGCACCUCUUUCCAAAUACCCUUGAUGAAUGUUGAGACACCGGUGAGCAUACUGGGCGUGUUCUUUGCGCCCAUGAGGACGUUCUUCGAUGUGUCAGGUUACUGUCCAUCUGUCGGAAUGGUUGCGGGUACCAUCUCGGCGAUCCAUGUAAUGGAAUCAUUAUACACUUGGUCGCUGUGUCGAGUGAUACGUUGCAUGUGUCGUGUCCAGUUUCAUUUUUGGUACGCCUACGUGGAUGGAUGACCGCCGUCGUAUCCUGCGGGAACGGAUCGAGAGUGUCGUGAAGGCAGAUUAGCCCAUUUAUGCGAUGAUAUGGCAAACCUCAUCGGUUCAGGCUGUAGGUUUCUCAAGAGCGCUCCUGAGACUUGGCAGGUACCGGCUGUCCAUUAUGGUGGAACUGUGGGGCCGCUUACUAUAACUCGAUGUGCCUAAUACCCACCAGGC